UAGUUAAUCAGUGAUCUACUGUAUUACGUCACUUUAAAAUCCCCUUUCAGCGGAUGUUGACUUGUUAGGCAGCUCUAGCUGUUAGCUAACAUCUAACAACUUUCAGUACGGCACCGACCUCGAGUUGGCUACCUUUCUAAUAAAAAAUCAGUCACCGAGUGACUUCAAGUCCGAAGAGACUUUUGAUUGGACCUCCAUCUCCACCCCCUUUCCCUGUCCAGAAGUCUGCCCAGUAUGUCCAGUGACCCCCCUCCUCCUUACCCUGGAGGGCCCAGCGCCCCACUCAUUGAGGAGAAAAAUGGACAACCAGAAGCGGCUCCUGUAAGAACAGCUCCCCAACAAGGACAGCCCUUACCUCCAGACUAUGGUCCUCCCCCCUAUGAGGCCACGCAGCCAGGCUUCCUACCCCCACAUGUCCCUGGUGAAGGGCCCAUGCCCAUGCCUAUGCCCAUGCCACCACCACAAGGUGGCUUCUACCCUCCUCCACCUGGUCACUUUCCUCACCCCAUGCCAGGACAGAUGGGUCCUGGUCCAAGUCACUUCACCCAUAUGGGAGGUCACACAGCUACAGUCUUGGCACCCCCAGGUGCAGCCACCACGGUGACUGUCCUGCAGGGGGAGAUGUUCCAGUCCACACCGGUGCAGACUGUGUGUCCGCACUGCCAGCAGGCCAUCAUCACCCGCAUCUCCCAUGAUGUCGGCCUCAUGAACACGCUCUUCUGCCUCUUCUGCUUUUUUGUGGGGUGUGAUCUUGGCUGCUGCUUGAUUCCCUGUCUGAUUGACGACCUCAAGGAUGUGACACACACCUGCCCUUACUGUAAGGGCUACAUUUACACAUACAAGCGUAUAUGCUAACCACCGACAGCUGUAUGCUACAAAGACAUGUAUAUGCACACACAUUAAAUCCACAGCUCCCCCUGCUGGUAAUGACAGGCUUUCCCCCCCCAUUUUGCUCAGUGUUGUGCAGCCCUCUUUAAUAGUAGGUGCGGUUUUAUCAUUAGUUCACUGAAUCUUUAUUGUAUAUAUCUUUCAGCAUUUAACAUUUAUGUAUAAACAUGUAGUUCAAAUCUCACACUGGACUACAGGAGAUCAAGGGCACCAAAUCAUCCACAAAGAUGGAUAAGUGGCAGACACACGGGUAUAUCUGAUACUGUAUGAGAACCAAUUGGUGAAGGAAACGCAUGGGACAUCAUGCAUCUGGGAUGGGAAAAAUAUCCAAGAGUAGACAGAUAGUCUCAUUUAGGGAAGCUGUGAAAACGGUCACUUUAUUAAGUUGAAAUCAUCUGUGAAUCUUGCUGAGAAGCAGGCGUACUUCAGUUAACAUUAGCUGGGUCAGUGUUUUUGUUUUUCAGUUUAUUUUAAAUAUUUUAUCCAUUAUUUAAACAUGUUAAUACUGAGAUAUGUGAACAUCUCUGUCCAUUUCUGAUAAGUAUUUAUGUUCUAAUUUACCUAGUCUUUCCUGUAUUCUGCAUAUAUCCCUCCUUGAAUGUCAGUAAAAUUAACUAAACAUUUAUUUUUAUCUUAAUAAACUAAUUUAUUUACUUUCUUGCGAACAACCAAGGUUGUUAUGUUACUCGCUAUGUUUAUGAAUCUACUGGGUCAUAGCCACUUGUCACAAGAUGUUCAAUCAACUAAGGAUGAGUUGUUACAUUACCCAUUGUCCAUCAUACUGUACUUAAUUUUGAUAAUAAAGCAACUAUUUGCACUUUUGAGUUUAAAUUGACAUUAUCCCAUGUAAACUUUAAUGCAUUCAUGGCAACAUCACUUACCCCCUCGUUCUCAGUUCAGUGGAAGAUCCAGUGGUUUUACCUUGUCACUUUAGUCGUAAAAACAGAAUAUAAUAAUGGUUAUACUGAGCCUGUAGUUCAGCAUGUCAGUCAUCAGCCAGGACUGAGAACUCUCAACAUGAAUUUGUUCAGAAAGGAGUGCAGUGAAAGCAGCUCGGCCAGUAAAUCUGCUCUGUCAGAGGGUGUUGUUAUUAAUGAUGGAGACGCUCUGCGUGACAUCACAGUAAUCUUGUGUCCUCUCUCUGGCCAUAUGUCCAGUCUGCUGAGAGUCCUGUGCGUCAGUCUGCACUCUCUGAUGCACCAGUCCAAACUAGAUUUUUCUUUCACUGAUGAAAAAUGUUGGCUGAUGAUUCUUUGGUACCAGGGUGAACAGGUAGGUAGCUUAAAAUGGGAAAGUGUUAGCAAAAAAAAAAAAAAAAAAAUCACCUACAUUGGUGACACCAUCAUAAUAACACUUAAAUAGGCCUGCAGUCAA